AUGGUUACUGCGGAGGCACAAAGAGUGUUGCCAAUCCUCCCCAUGGAUGAAUGCGUAGAGCGGAGGUUUGGCUUCCUUCUUAAUGCUUUCUCUCGUGCUACUAUUUAUGCCUAUCUUGGACCGCUGCUGUUGGGCGCAAGCGUCGUGACUGUGACUUUCAGGAGAAGACAGACACCUCCUGAAGGGGAAGCUAUCCCCAGUUAUUGA